AUGACUGAUCGCAUUAACACCUUAGCUCUUUUUGUACAGGAAACUAUUCUAAUUGCAAAUAAAAAUGAAUUUGUUUGUUCCAAUACAAAAAGAAUAGAAAGUUUCGAAAUGUAUGAUUGCUUCAAUAUGGCAUAUCAAGAUAAACGAAACGCACUUCAGUUAAACAUAAAAAUAAACAGUGAAAACUUGUUCCCAUAUCCACAAAAAUAUAAUGCAGGAUCAUUGCGUGUACCAGCUGAUCCAUCGUGGCCAAAAAUACCACAACGUAAAUUAAUUGAUGAUAUUAGUGAUGCUAUUGAGCCUCCGUGUAUAAUCGCAUUAACUGGAUCACCUAAAAGAAGUCGUACUGUGGUCCAGACACCAUUAAAUCAAUCUCCUAAAUCUACAAUAACCAGGGACAGUGCAUAUUCUUCAUUUAAUCACCAAAGAUUGACUUCAAGUGUGCACACUUUAAAAAGACUUCCCGGUACCAUCGAUCCUAGAUUCAAGAAAGUCAAUAAUGUUAAAAGAAAUCAAGAUCUAACAGAGAAGAAAACAGAUCGGGGUGAUGUUUCUAUUUCUACAAAGCCUUUGCACAAUGCAGAAAUAAUUAAAACAAUACCAGAAAGGGAAACUAAUAUACAUCGAAUAAAUACACCAAAUGGAGAAAUGUUUCACGAAACAAGAAAAAUUAAGGAGUCAAAUGUGAAAGCGGGUUUAUCAUCGGUACAAACAAAGAAUUCUGGAGGAAGUAAAAAUAUGAAUGUAGAACAAGAUUUAGAGCAAAGGAAUUGUGCACGUAAUUUAGAAUCAACAGACGUACGUGAGAUGUCGGAAGAUAUUAGCAAAAAUGAAAUUAUGCAAAAUGAUAAAUGUACGAAAAACAUAAGCUGCAACGAAGAGUCAGAGUCAACAAUGAACGAUGCAAACAUACAGGUGGAUGUAACUUCCUUACCAAUACAAGAAAAUAAUGGACAGUUGUUUUUCGUGUUAGACAAGAAACUACAACCGCAACCUUUAAACACAAUACAACUUGAUACAAUCACAUUACCUCAAGAGUAUUUAAAGCAAUGCUAUAAUGUUCAAGUUCCAGUUCUUACCUAUCAGAAUAUACCAAUGCCAAUACCUGCUGUAAGAACAAAUGUCGUACAACAGUGUUUGAUUAAUUCAGAACACCAAAACCAAAGUGAAACUACACCUUUGUUCAAAGAAGAUGCAAAACACAGUGUACAUAUUUCUGAUACACAGUCAUUGACUCAAGACAAACAAAUGUGCAACAGUAAAAAGCAAAAUACAGUGAAAGCACAAAAUAUUAUACCCAAUGAAAAUAAAGAAAACUUUUCAAAAUCGAAUAGUAUUCACUCUGAUUCGAAUGUGCCAGAAAAGUUGGACAGAUCAAAGAUUCAUCGAAAACAACAAGAAUCUAGCGAUUCUGAAUACUAUAUUCCAAAUACGAUGAAAAAAAAUGUACAUAGCAGUAUUCUUCAGCACACAAACGCGAAGAAAAUUGUGUGCAAUACAAGCGGAGGAGAGACAACAGAUUCUGAGUUUAUUCCACAAAAAAAUGUUCAGAAAAAAGAAUUUACUAAUGUUAACAAGCCUGCAACAAAAAGUCACAAGAAUAGUGCAUUUAACUAUGAACAACCGAAUUUUUCAUCAAAAGACAGAAAGGAUUGUGUUCAAACAAUACCUCAAUCGAAUAAAACUAUUUCUGAUGAAGAUCAGCUAUAUCAGAAACGUAAAAGAGCUGUCUAUGAAACAAAAGUAAGAAAUAAAUCCGAACAAAAUUUACCUUGUUCCAGAAACGAGUGUUCAAAGAAGCUUUGCAGAAGUUCCGAACCACAUAUUACAUUCAAACAACGGAAGGGACCAGGAAAAUUUUCUAGAAAGGCGAGAUCCUAUUUUCAGAAGAAUUCUCAUUCAGCUUUAGUAGACUCUGACUACACUUUAAUGUGGCCUAAUUGCCAAUAUCAUAAAUACAGAUGUAGUCAAACAAACAUUCACAAACUUAAUAGUCAUAGAACGAAAAAGAUUGGUCAUCACUCCAAUGCUAAAUUAUCCAUCUAUGAAAAGAAUGCGAAUACGCAAAUCGAAAAUAACGUGAACUGCAUUGAAAAAAAUUACUUACAAAAUGAACAGAACAUUACUUCAUGCCAAAACGGUAUGACGAAUAUGUCAAAAACAUGCUUGCAGAAUAAUAAAUGUAAGUGCGAUAUUUCUCCAAGAUCAAAUACAAAUGAUAUGAUUGAAAGUACAAAAGGCAUCCCUCCUAAAACUCAGGAACUACUGAAUAAAAGUUAUUGGGAAUAUUACAAUAAAUUAAAACAUAAAAUAAAAAAUACUGGCAACAUGGAGCAACAAUACUUCUAUCAACUAGCAAGAGAUAAAUCAGAAACUAUAAAAGGAAAGGCAGAUGAAGUAUGUGAUAAGGACUAUCAUAAUCAAUUAAACUUAAAUCCUGAACUACAUACCCUACAACAAUGUUCAGCACUAUCCAGCAUGAUUAAUAAAGCAUUAGACUCAAAUCUUCAAUCGAAUAUUGUGCAGACAAGUCAGUUAUAUCUGAAUGGAAAUAUUAAGUCAUCGACAGAUCCUAUGGCUGAUACACAAAGUGCUAAUGCAAAUAAUGUGAUGACAAACUGGACAGAUGGUGAACCUAUUCUUCAUAAAAUAAAAUGUAAACGAGGUAGUGAAAAUGACAAACAAUAUUUGGAACUUAAAUCUAUCAUCUUCUUUGGUGGUAUGAUGUAUAUAUUAAUAAUAUUUUUGCCAAUGUUGUAUGACUACUUCUAUCAUGAGGUGUACGAUGAUUACGAGAAUUUGACUUACCUGGAGUUGAUAGUGGAUUACGUUUUAUCCUCAUUUAAAGAAGCAUUUGGCGGCGUCUUCAGUGGCGCAAAAAAAAUUUUUUUCUAUCCACCUGCAUGUAAGAAAUGCAACAAUAUUGCAUAA